AUGGUCCGGGAGGCGGAGGAGUUUGCUGAGGAGGACAAGAAGAUGAAGGUGAAGGAGAAGCUCGACGCCCGGAAUCAGCUGCUUGAUACGUACGUGUACAACAUGAAGAACGCGAUCGGCGACAAGGACAAGCUGCUGGCGGACAAGCUGGACUGCUGGAGAGCGAGGAGAAGGAGAAAAAUGGACGAGGACCUCGAGUGGCCAGUCGGCCGAGAAGGAGGACUACGAGGAGAAGCUCAAGGAGGUGGAGGCCGUGUGCAACCCCAUCAUCUCAUCUCAGCCGUGUACCAGACAGAGGUCUCGGGCGGCGUCGAUGACCACCACGACGAGCUGUAG